CGCGCCGUAGCCUAGCUUUCGGUGGUUCGCGUACGUACGUGGACGGGUGUGGAGACCGAGAGAUCCUCGCUGGUCGCAACCACGCGUGCGCCCCGCCCCAGCGCUGGCCCUCCCACCCGCGCCGCGCCAAUGGAUAUAUUCCUCCAGCUUUGGAUUUUGGCGUGAUCGUUAUUUCGCACCAGCCGCCGCUGUUCCGAUCCCAUGGGGAGCCCUGGACGACGCGCCGCCGGCGACACGGGGGAGCCAUGGAAGCUGCGGGUCGGCGACGACUUCACCGUCCCGGAGCGCUUCCACCGCAGGCCCCCCUUCCUCUCCAGGAUCUUCCCCGCCGGCUCCCACGGAAAACACCGGAAAAUUGCAAGAUACUACAAGAAGCAGGAAAGUCUUCUGAAGGAUUUCAGCGAGAUGGAAACCAUGAAUCAGAUUGGUACGGUUGAUCAGAAUGCUCCUACUGAGGAAGAGUUGAGGCAACUGGCAAAGGGUGAACGACUGGCCAUCAAUCUGUCGAACAUCAUCAAUCUGAUUCUUUUCAUUGGGAAAGUUGUUGCUUCAGUUGAAAGUUUAUCGAUGGCAGUGAUAGCUUCGACACUGGACUCCCUACUGGAUCUUCUGUCGGGUUUCAUACUCUGGUUUACUGCACAUGCUAUGAAAAAGCCCAACAAGUAUAGCUAUCCAAUUGGGAAGAGACGAAUGCAACCAGUGGGUAUAAUAGUCUUUGCAUCAGUAAUGGGAACACUUGGCUUCCAAGUGCUGAUCGAGUCAGGGCGGCAGCUUAUCACAAAUGAACACCAAAUAUUCGAUCACAGGAAGGAGCUGUGGAUGAUCGGCAGCAUGUCCUCGGUCGCGGUGGUGAAGUUCUUCCUGAUGCUCUACUGCCGGUCGUUCAAGAACGAGAUCGUGAGAGCGUACGCGCAGGACCAUUUCUUCGACGUGAUCACCAACUCCGUCGGCCUCGUCAGCGCGCUCCUCGCCGUCCAGUACAAAUGGUGGAUGGAUCCGGUCGGAGCCAUACUGAUCGCGGUGUACACGAUCACGACGUGGGCGAGGACGGUGGUGGAGAACGUGGGGACGCUGAUCGGGAGGUCGGCGCCGGCGGAGUACCUGACGAAGCUGACGUACCUGAUAUGGAACCACCACCAGCAGAUCCGGCACAUCGACACGGUGAGGGCCUACACCUUCGGCACGCACUACUUCGUGGAGGUGGACAUCGUCCUCCCCGGCGACAUGCCGCUCAGCCAGGCGCACGACAUCGGUGAGUCGCUCCAGGAGAAGCUGGAGCAGCUCCCCGAGGUCGAGCGCGCCUUCGUCCACGUCGACUUCGAGUUCACCCACCGCCCCGAGCACAAGGCCGAGGUCUGAAUAAUAUAUAUUACUCUCUUCACUUCACUUCACUACACUAUACUCUUAUAUUUUGGCUUGUAUAAAUUGUUUCCCUGUGAAAUCCACAAGGAUGUCAAUUGUACUACAACUGUCUCUGUAAGUAGAGUAGCUGAGCGUAACUGAAUUCUUGGUUCUUUUUUUGAGAAGAAAACUGAAUUCUUCUAGUGGGAUAUAUAUGCUUUUCUUUUGCUGGAAAA